AACAAACAUCAUUAUAUCACGAAGAAAAUCCAAAACACACGCAUAUUACCCUCUCUCUCUAUAUAUAUAAUUUUCGUUUAUACGUACGUAUAAAUUAAAAGAAGAGAUGGGAUCUCCAGUGAGAGACGAAACGGCGCCGUCUAAGGUGAUGACGGAGUUCUUGGAGAGGUGCGGCGGUUGUGCGGUGGUUGACGGCGGAUUCGCGACGGAGCUCGAACGUCACGGCGCUGAUCUCGACGACCCUCUUUGGAGCGCCAAAUGCCUCCUUAGUUCUCCUCACCUCGUUAGAAAGGUGCAUUUGGAUUACCUUGAAGCUGGUGCAAACAUCAUUAUAACCGCAUCGUACCAGGCGACGAUCCAAGGGUUCAUGGCGAAAGGGUUGUCGGAGGGAGAAGCAGAAGCACUGCUGAGGAGGAGCGUGGAGAUCACGUGCGAGGCACGUGAAAUCUUCUACGACAGGAGCACCAAAGGCUCGUGGGACUUCACCGACACCGCCGGAAAAUAUUCCCGGCGACCGGUUCUGGUCGCCGCCUCCGUUGGUAGCUACGGAGCUUAUCUCUCCGAUGGUUCCGAAUACAGUGGAAGAUAUGGAGACAAUGUGACCAAGACAACGUUGAAGGACUUUCAUAGAAGAAGAGUUCAAAUCUUAGCCAAAUCAGGAGCCGAUCUAAUCGCUUUCGAAACUAUCCCGAAUAAGCUCGAAGCCGAGGCUUAUUCCGAGCUUCUUGAAGAGGAAGGCAUCGAUAUCCCGGCCUGGUUUUCGUUCGCUUCCUCGGACGGGGCCACCGUUUCUUGCAGCGAUUGUAUCUCCGAGUGUGCUAAAGUCGCGGAUUCUUGCAAGAACGUCGUGGCUGUCGGAAUCAACUGCACUGCUCCAAGACAUAUCCUUGAUUUGAUACUGUCUGUAGGCAAGGUGACUGACAAACCCAUCAUCGUGUAUCCGAACAGUGGAGAGAUCUACGAUGGCGCGAGCAAGAAAUGGAUGAAAUCGAACGGAGAAACAGAAGAAGAUUUCGUGUCGUACGUUGGGAGGUGGAGAGAAGGAGGAGCAUCGUUGUUCGGAGGCUGUUGUCGGACAACUCCCAACACUGUCAGGGCCAUUUCGAAGAUUCUCUCCGGCGAAUCUCCGGUCACUUCCAAAACCAGAUUCCUGCGGUAGAAUCUUCUCUUUAUCCGCUCCGGUUAAAUCCGGUUUAGACCCGGUCUAGAGAGAUGAAGAAAGUGUUGUAAUAGCACUGAUCCUAUAUUGGAAUCAAGCUAAUAAAUUGUGGAAGUCUUUUACAGAACAUUUACAUUGCGUGAUGAUGGUUCUCUGUCUUAAUGUAUAAUUGUAUUAAUAUUGAAG